AUGAGACGCACUUUCGAACGCUGGAAACCAGAGCUGAAAAACAUUGCACCGUCUCUCCUAAGGACGCGAGGAGAGCCGUUCGCAGAGUACCGUCCAGACGAAAGCUGUGAGGCUCUGGAAUUAAUGGAGUUGCAUGCAAGUGACGUUGAGCUGGUAGGCAGCACCUUCACAAGUGCCUCAAAUGCGACAGAUGUCAAAGACAAGGCAGGCGAACGCCCAGCGACACUCGCUGUCAUGAUCGAACCGACUAUUGUGUUGUUGCAGGACAGCACGUCAAUGAGAGCAGCGCAAGAGUUCCGUUCGCCUGUAAAGUACGGCCAACAACAAGACGCUGCAGGACGUGCAGAUCCACUGGGACCUCUUCGUGUCAUAUCGAACUGUAGCACUCGUGGUUGCAGUACUAGUGCUGGAGAGGAGAAAGGUGCGGGACUGUCGAACAACAACGAUGUUGAUGCUGGAAGAGUGGCAAAGUUAAUUAGUCGCUACGAACAGGUGACGGCCGAUAACGUAGUGGCCGUCCCGAAUGUACGGCGUACGUUUUCCCAGUCUUUUCGGGGCUCGUCGUCCUCGCGUAAAGCCGAAGACAAGCGAGUGCACGAGGCAGCACUCGUUAGGACCAUGGACGCGGUGGAGAGGAAGAGAGGGCGAUGGAGGAAGAAAUCUCCAGAGUAUCCUCGAAUGCUGCACGACAAUCGAGCGAAGGAAGAACCGGAAUGUGAACCCAGUCCAGAAGCACAACAGCAGACCGAGUCUGACGAGAUCACCAAAGUUCAUGCGCCAACGUCCGUGAGAAUCGAUACGCACGUGACUCAAGCUUCUACCAUCGCUGAUACUUCUGCUGCAAAGGAGGUGCCGAUUUCCACAGAGAACGCAGUCACCUCGAGCGUUGUCUUCCGGAAUCGCCUUCAACCGGACAAGUAUUUGGCAUCACCCGAGGUGACCCGAGACAACGUAACCCGGAAUAAACUGUCAGCGACUAAGAGCCACAAUGAGGACGAAAGCUCUGCUGCUGGUUUCUUACAACCAUCACGACGACCGAACCCGCUGUGUAGGCGAAAGCUGCAGCCACACACUGACGUGGUGUUGGACCAUGUGCUGGACGCACUCCGUCGCAUGGAUUUUGACGCAAUGCCAACGGCAAGUUCGACUCUCGCGAUGAAGACCCUCAAGUCGGCAGCGAGUUGCGCGAGAUGUCUCGAAGUUCCUGCAUGCGCUCUUAUCUACAACGUCAUUGUACGAAUGAGCACCCGAGCCGCCGAUUUAGUUGUGAUGCAGAAUCUUCUAAUGUCGCUAAGCAACUUGGCCAAGUUUCGUCUCUCAAUACAGCACGACGAUGCCCCGCACGUCGGAUGUGUUCAAUCCGAAGCUAGACGCGAGCUGGACAUGCAACUCGCCUCAAUGCUUGGCGAGGUGCUGCUGGUCUUCAGUGACGAAUUGCGACCCAACCAGUCUCAGAGUUGGCACGUCUUCCUAGCAGCUGCCUCUGCGCUGUGGUAUAUCCUACGAUUGCUGCAGUCUGCAAUCAAACCGGACACGCGAGUCGGUCCAUUGUGGAACCAAACCGUGCAGCGACUCAAGUACCUGCGACUUCAGUUGUCCGAUCAACGAGGCUAUCACGCCCAGCUGCAGCAGCAGCAGAAGCAGCACUCAAUUAUGAACCCAAGGACGGCCGGAACUGCGAAUGCGAAAGGAAAUGGUACGCUACUCGAGCAAUACCUGAGUCAAGCAGAAGCAGUCCUGGACCGACUCAUCCAGUUGACACAUGGUUGA